CUGGAGAGAGAGAGAGAGGGAGAGAGAGAGAGAGAGAAAGAAGAAGAAGGAAGAAGGAAGAAGGAAGAAGAAGAAGAAGAAGAGAUCCAUCAUCCAUCUCUUCUCCCCCAUCAACACACCUCCGGCCCAACCAUAAAGGUACCAUCUUUCUUGAGAAGGAAAAGGAAAAGAGUAAAGUGGAAAUGUUUCUCCCUCCUUGAGCCCCUCGAUCCUUCCCUUCUUCCACCUCUCUCUCUCUCUCUCUAUCUCUCUCUCCCCUCCUGCGGUGGUGUUUGGACGCUUGGCCGGCCGUUACCCCGACUCUUUCUUUUUCUUCUUGCUUUUUCCUGUAGAGGAGAGAGAGGUAGAUUGAGGGUGCCAAGAAGAGAAGGGAAGGAAGACGAGAAGACGACGAUGCAGAAGAACCAUUUGUUGACGACGCUUCGCAGCCUGAAGCUGAUCGAUGGAUGCAAAGGCACGCAGGUCUACGCCGUGAAUCAGUCGGCGUCGAACGGCAACGCUCCGGCGUCGUCCUCGUCCUCGUCAUCAGUCGGCGAGAAGCCCCUCCUCCGCCACGUCGCGUCCCUCCGCUCCAAAUCCAUCCAGGGGGGCAACAAUGGCGGCGGCCGCAACCACUAUACCCCUUCCCUCCUCCCUGACUCGCUCCUCCCCUUCGGCCUCCCCUCUGCUGACCACAUCGACCCCCCCGUCGACCCCUUCCUCCGCCACGUCGACCCUGUCUCCGCCCUCUCCGACUCAUUCCGGCGCCUCUCCUCCACCACCAAAGCUGAAGCCGACGCUGGCGCCGGCGACGAGCGCCUCCUCCUCCUCUGCGACCUCCACCUUGAGCAGCUCUCCCUCUUCCGCCCCGUCGCCGAUCCCAAGCUACUCCGCCGGAGCCUUCGCUCCGCGCGCCUCCACGCCCCCAACGCCCACCAUCGCGUCGUCCUCUCCGCCUGGCUCCGCUUCGAGCGCCGGGAGGACCAGCUCCUCCCAUCCCCCUCCCCCCUCUCCUCCUGCUCCCCCACCUCCCCCGCACUAGAAUGCCCCCGUGCCGCCCUCCUCUCCCCAUCCUCCUCCUCUGACCUCCUCUGCCCCUGCCGCCAUCCCCCUCCCGAUCCCUCUCCCUCCUCCUCCGCCUCUGUCCCCGCCCCCCGCCGCCAUGGACAAGAAGAGAUUGAAGACGCCGAUGUCUGGUUUUGUAUUGGCGAUGAUGAGGUACCCUGCGUCCGCUCCAGCAUUGCCGCCCUCUCCAAGCCCCUCUCCACCUUGCUCUAUGGUGGCUUCGCAGAGGCCCAGCGGGAGCGCAUCAGCUUCUCCCACAAUGGCAUCUCCGUCCGCGGGAUGAAGGCCGUCGACGUCUUCAGCCGCACCGGUCGCCUGGACGAGUUCCCACCCGACACCGUUCUCGAGCUCCUUGCAUUUGCCAACAAGUUUUGCUGUGAAGGCCUCAAGUCCGCCUGCGAUGCGAAGAUGGCAUCUUUGGUGCGCAACCUCGACGACGCCCUACUUCUCGUUGAGUACGGGCUAGAGGAGACCGCGUACCUCCUCGUCGCUGCUUGUCUUCAGGUGUUCCUCCGUGAGCUCCCCAGAUCCCUCAGCGAUCCUGACAUAACGAGGCUGCUCUGCACCCAGGAGGGAAGGGAGCGGUUAGAGGCAGCCGACCAUGCCUCGUUCUUGCUCUACCAUUUCUUGAGUCAGGUGGCCAUGGAGGAGGACAUGAAAUCCAAUACCACGGUGAUGUUAUUGGAGAGGUUGGUGGAGUGCGCCACUCCUGGGUGGCAAAAACAGCUAUCUUUGCACCAGUUGGGAUGCGUAAUGCUCGAGAGGGGUGAGUACAAGGACGCCCAGAGGUGGUUCGAAGAGGCAGCUUCCGAGGGGCAUGUGUAUUCCCGCAUCGGUGUUGCAAGGGCCAAAUUUAAGAAGGGGCACAAAUAUUCUGCUUAUAAGCUGGCCAGUAGCCUCAUUGAUGAUUUUGAGCCCGUGGGAUGGAUGUACCAGGAGAGAUCAUUGUAUUGCAAUGGCAAAGAGAAGAUGUCGGAUCUGAGGGUCGCCACUGAGCUAGACCCGACCCUCGCUUACCCUUACAAGUACCGGGCAAUUGCUUUAAUGGAGAAUGGCAAGGUUGGUGCAGCCAUUGCUGAGGUCAACAAGAUCAUCGGGUUCAAGGUCUCGACCGAUUGCCUUGAGCUUCGUGCAUGGUUCUGUCUGGCACUCGAGGAUUACGAGGGGGCGGUGCAGGAUACAAGGGCGCUGAUGACACUGGACCCCAGUUACUUGAUGUUUCAUGGCAAACUGCACGGGGACCAGUUGAUUGAGAUCCUCCAGCAGCAUGGGAAGCAGUGGGACAUGGCUGAUUGUUGGAUGCAGCUCUAUGACCGGUGGUCUGCAGUGGAUGACAUUGGUUCUCUUGCUGUGGUGCACCAGAUGUUGGCUAAAGAGCCUGCAAAUAGCAGCUUAAGGUUUAGGCAGUCGCUUCUGUUGCUACGGUUGAAUUGCCAAAAGGCUGCAAUGAAUAGUCUACGUCUGGCUCGGAAUCAUUCAAUCCAUGAUCAUGAAAGGCUUGUUUAUGAAGGAUGGAUCUUAUAUGACACUGGACAUCGUGAUGAAGCAUUAGCCAAAGCUGAGGAGUCUAUCUCUGUUCAGAGAUCAUUUGAAGCAUUUUUCCUGAAGGCAUAUGCUCUAGCAGAUUCUAAUCUAGAUCCCACAUCUUCAUCUUAUGUCAUUCAACUACUCGAACAAGCUAAUAGUUGUGCUUCAGAUAACCUUCGGAAGGGUCAAGCACACAAUAAUAUGGGAAGCAUAUAUGUGGACUGUGAUAUGCUGGAUGAAGCCGCAGAAUGCUACUUAAAGGCACUUGGUAUAAAGCAUACUCGUGCACAUCAGGGUCUGGCACGGGUUUACUACCUUAAGAAUCAGAAAAAAGCUGCUUAUGAUGAGAUGACAAAGUUGAUAGAAAAAGCAAAGAACAAUGCAUCAGCAUAUGAAAAGCGAUCAGAAUACUGUGAUCGUGACAUGGCAAAGAGUGAUCUUAAUAUGGCAACUAAGCUAGAUCCCCUGAGGACGUACCCUUACAGAUACAGGGCUGCAGUUCUGAUGGAUGACAAUAAGGAAGAGGAAGCAAUAGCUGAGCUCUCGCAGGCAAUCGCUUUCAAGCCAGACCUACAGCUGCUUCACUUGCGUGCUGCAUUCUACGACUCAAUGGGAGACACCGCAUCCACCUUGCGAGAUUGCGAGGCAGCACUGUGCCUCGACCCAAGCCACUGUGAUUCCAUGGAUCUUCACAACAAAGCUCUCGGAAGAGCAGGCCCUCCGAGUACAUAAACUUGUCAUUAUUGUCUCGACACGUUCUCAUUCAAGAUUCAAGAAGUGGCUGAAGAUGAUGAUCCCACAUAGCAAAGAUGUAACUCGAAGUGGAUCAAAUUUACAUGCAGGAAGCAUUGUGUACAUAUUUAUACAAGGUUUGUGAAAAUUAUAUACACAGGUGGAACAACAAAAAAAUUGGGUGCAUUCCUCAGAAGACGGACGCAGCAAAAGAUGUGUGAAUGAAAUACCAGUUGACAGGCGGCAGCAGAAGCUUUGAAUCGUUCAUUUAGGCUCAUUUCUGUAAUUUAUAUAAACAACUUUUUGAAGCAUGGCCGUUGAUGACGAGUUUUUCAUUCGAGGAGAAGAAAAAAACAUUUUUUUUCCCCUAGCAUGUUUUUAAUCACAUCUGAAACAAAAUUUAUUACAAUCUUUUUCAAUCAGAGCCUUCAAGCAUUUUCAAGCUUCCUCA